CAAGUGUUAAUUUGCUCAUUUACAAGACCCACAAAGGGGUUGAGAGGUACCAACUGAAGCUGAAUCUAUCUUUGAAAAUAGAAGGCUUUGAAAAACUCUGCCUCUUUCCCCUUUCUCUCUCCCUAAAGAAAAGCAGGAUCUCUUGGAAAAGAUGGUACUCGAAACUCUGAAUCCAACGCACUACAACAUCACGAGCCUUGUACCAGAUACAAUGACAGUGGCCACAGUGCCCGUACUCAUUCUCAUGUGCUUUCUGUUUCUAAUAUGGAAUCAUGAAGAAGCUUCAUCAAUACCAGGGCCAGGAUACUGUAUGGGAAUCGGUCCCCUCAUUUCACAUGGGAGAUUUCUUUGGAUGGGAGUAGGUAAUGCCUGCAACUACUACAAUAAGACAUAUGGAGAAUUUGUGAGAGUUUGGAUCAGCGGUGAAGAAACAUAUAUAAUUAGCAAAUCCUCAAGUGUGUUCCAUGUAAUGAAACACUGGCAUUAUGUUUCUCGAUUUGGGAGCAAGCUUGGAUUACAAUGCAUUGGCAUGUAUGAAAAUGGGAUCAUAUUCAAUAACAACCCAGCACACUGGAAAGAAAUUCGACCCUUUUUCACCAAAGCUCUGUCUGGUCCUGGUCUUGUGCGCAUGAUAGCAAUUUGUGUUGAAUCAACAAUUAAUCACCUGGACAAAUUAGAGGAAGUAACCACUGAAGUAGGAAACAUCAAUGUGUUGAACCUUAUGAGACGGAUCAUGCUUGACACAUCUAACAAGCUUUUUCUCGGGAUUCCUUUGGAUGAAAGCGCCAUUGUCCUCAAGAUUCAAAACUACUUUGAUGCUUGGCAAGCACUUCUAUUAAAGCCUGACUUCUUUUUUAAGAUUUCUUGGCUGUGCAAGAAAUACGAAGAGGCAGCCAAGGAUCUGAAAGGAGCAAUGGAAAUCUUAAUAGAACAGAAACGACAAAUGCUUUCCACUGUUGAAAAGCUGGAUGAACACAUGGAUUUUGCAUCCCAGUUGAUAUUUGCACAGAACAGAGGGGAUCUGACCGCCGAGAACGUGAACCAGUGUGUGCUGGAGAUGAUGAUUGCUGCUCCUGAUACUCUAUCGGUGACUCUCUUCUUUAUGCUAAUACUGAUUGCAGAGCACCCCACAGUGGAAGAGGAGAUGAUGAGAGAAAUUGAAACUGUUAUGGGUGACAGAGACAUACAGAGUGAUGACAUGCCGAACUUAAAAGUUGUGGAGAAUUUCAUUUAUGAGAGCAUGAGGUACCAGCCAGUUGUGGACUUGAUCAUGCGAAAAGCUUUACAAGAUGAUGUAAUUGAUGGCUAUCCUGUGAAAAAGGGGACAAACAUUAUUCUCAAUAUUGGACGUAUGCAUAAGCUUGAAUUCUUCCCAAAGCCAAAUGAGUUUUCUCUUGAAAAUUUUGAGAAAAAUGUUCCUUCACGCUAUUUCCAACCCUUUGGAUUUGGCCCUCGGGGCUGUGUAGGAAAGUUUAUUGCUAUGGUAAUGAUGAAAGCAAUUCUGGUGACUCUUCUGAGACGCUGCAGAGUACAGACAAUGAAAGGAAGAGGCCUUAACAACAUCCAGAAAAACAAUGACUUAUCCAUGCACCCAAUAGAAAGGCAACCGCUGCUGGAGAUGGUUUUCACACCAAGAAGAAACACAAACAAGAACCAGGGUGACUAAAAUGGAUCAGCAGUAAAGUUACAGGGCUUUCUCAGUCAUAGCAACAAAGAAAUACACACCAUUUCCAGGCAAAGAUAUAGAGUAAAACAUUUUGUUGCCCCUAAAUAGCUACAAUUUCCACUGACAACUUGUUCUGCCUGCACAGCAGAACCAGGUUCUGGCCACAGCUUCAAAGUAAUAAAAUAAUCCUGUUGGUAGGUGAUGCAGUAAUAUAUGCAGGAUUCCUGGCUACUUUUUAAAACCAAGUUCAGAUGAUGUUAUGCUUUGCUUUUCAAACAGUGCAAGUUAAAAGGUUUGGGGGUCAACAAAAGAACAAGCCUGACACAUGUUUAAUUCCAGGACUACACAUGUCCCCCUCUCCCUCACCUCCCCGAAGCUGGACCUAGUAGUAUUUGACUAUUGCAAAAGCUCUAAGUAUCUAUUUUUGAAAACAUCUGUAUGAAUAAUAUCAAAGUUGAAUUUAAGACUAAGAAACAGUUUAAAAUAUUUAGGACAUAUCUAAGUUACAAAAACUGUUUGUAUACGAAGUCACUCAAACGUUUUUCUUUACUGUGUUUUGCUGUCAUACCAUUCUGCUUGAUACCAAAGACUUACAGUGUCAGACAGAUUUUACUGAGGAUAAUAAUUUUCAGAGCACUAGGUAAAAACAAUAGUUGAGAUAACUGUUUUUAAAAGCCAACAUUGUGCUAUAGAGUAUGCUAGAGAAGAUCUGUAAACAUCCUGGUAAAGACCAUCUGAGAAUAAGAUAAUGGAUAUAUAAAAUUACCACUAGUAUUACACAGGAGCCAGGGGCAACACCCAUCUCCACCUCCUCUGGUUAAACGCAGAAAAUUCCCACCUCACAUCAGUGACACAGUGGUAUAAAACCCUAAUGUAACUUCUACUUCUACCAUCUCCAUAACCUUUAAACUAGAAAAUUGUUAGAGCUGUUGGGAGAAGGAAAAACAAACUAACACAAAAAAAGCCCAAACAGAACCUCUCCCCACACACACCCUCCCAAAAAAAAAAAAAAAAAGUUAAAUCUCAUUCUUAUUCAUUCUGUAUCAUAAAACACCAAAAAGGGCACUUCACUGGAAAAGCACUUCUCAUUUGUACAAGAACUCCAAGAAGAGCUACACUGAAGGGUCUUUUUCUGGGGGGAAUAAACUACUCUUUCAUACACAGUACAUAUCUUUGCUUAUUUCACACAGAAAAGCAUCUUCAUAGUGAUAAUUUACUCUCUGAUUUUCUGUCUCAUAAUUAUAGGUCUCUCGCUGAGUAAGUUUUUUCACAAGGUUGGAAUUAAUAAAUUACUUUUAUCAUUCAAAUUUUGAAAUAAUUAUACAAAAUCAUGUAGAUAUAUGGAACAUGCAUGCUGCUCUGAUUCCUUUAAUGUAUUAUAUAGCGUUGAAUUUGUAGGCUGGAAUUUCAGAAACAUGAUUACCAUAAUUAUUCUAUGAAAGAAAAAAAGCAGUAUAAUUUUUUAUUUUUUGUAAGCAAGCCUGCUGAAUUAUUUCCCAUUGUAUUUUAAGUAUAUUCUUUCUGAUAUGCUUUGCACAUAGUGUUUCUGGUCCUCAGAUUUCUACAGUACUUAAUUUUGUCCACAUUUGGACAAUAGACCUGUUAAUCCGAGCUGUUAGCUAAUUUGAGCCAUUAGCUAAUCUGAGCUCUGUUCUCCAUAUCUGUAUUAGGCCUGUUACACAGUGGUCUGUUUGCAUGAAUGUUUGCACAAUAAGGUCCAUUUCCACUCCUCACAUACUUGACAUAUGUUUGAGAACUGCAACUGGUGAAGCACUGUGUCAAAGCUUGCCAUGUGGAUAUAAACAGUUUAAAUCUUUCCAAUGUAUAUAUGCCAUUGCACAAAACAGAGCUCUGAUUAUUACCAGGUACUGUAAAAAUUUAAGUGACUUUUAAAACUACAUCAAGUCUACUGUCAGUAAGUGACUAUUCCAUUAAAUUCAAUGCAUCGACAUGGACCAAACCUGAUGACUAUGUUUUAUACAUCACUGUGAUUAUGGGCUGCUCACAGCUCAUAAGCACGGAUGUUGUUCGAAAAUAAUCUAAUUACCAAAUAAAAGUUGUAUUCACAAAACCAA